GACUUAGAUGUUGAGGCGAAAAACUAGCCUCUUUAAAUCAUUCAUCUGUGUAAAGAGAGGGUAAACUCUAAUUUUAUUCAUUUUUCAUUAUAGGUGAUGAAGAUGGUAAUGACCUUAACAGCUGCAGAGUCUGGCUGUAUCCAUUAUGUCAAACGGCCUGGAGCAGCUCUUGACCCUGGCUGUGUAAUAGCCAAAAUGCAGUUGGACAACCCCAGCAAGGUCCAACAGGCUGAGCUUCACACGGGUAGUCUGCCACGGAUCCAGAGCACAGCACUCAGAGGCGAGAAGCUCCAUCGAGUGUUCCACUAUGUCCUGGAUAAUCUGGUCAACGUAAUGAAUGGAUACUGCCUUCCAGAUCCUUUUUUUAGUAGCAGGGUAAAAGACUGGGUAGAGCGGUUGAUGAAGACCCUCAGAGAUCCUUCCUUGCCUCUCCUAGAAUUGCAAGAUAUCAUGACCAGUGUCUCUGGCCGUGUUCCCCCCAAUGUGGAGAAGUCUAUCAAGAAGGAAAUGGCUCAGUACGCUAGCAACAUCACAUCAGUCCUCUGUCAGUUUCCCAGCCAGCAGAUUGCCAACAUCCUAGAUAGCCAUGCCGCUACAUUGAACCGGAAAUCUGAGCGGGAAGUCUUCUUCAUGAACACUCAGAGCAUUGUCCAGCUGGUUCAGAGGUACCGAAGUGGCAUCCGAGGCCACAUGAAGGCUGUGGUGAUGGAUCUGCUGCGGCAGUACCUGCGAGUGGAGACCCAGUUCCAGAAUG